AUGAGCCAGCAAGGUUAUGUGGCUACUCCUCCCUAUUCUCAGCCCCAGCCUGGAAUUGGCCUUUCUCCCCCGCAUUAUGGGCACUAUGGGGGCCCGUCUCAUGCAGCUUCUUCACCAGGCAUGAUAAAGCCAGCGGGGCCUCUGGGGGCAGCUCCCCCUGGGGGGAUGUUGGCUCAGGGCCAUCCGCCUCCUGGACCCCACCAGUUUGGCCAGAACGGAGCUCAUGCACAAGGUCCUCCUCCACAAAGAUUCCCUGGCCCUCCACCUGUCAGCAGUGCGGCCCCUUCCUACCCACCAUACUCGCCCUCAACACAGUCGUCGUAUCCAAGUCCAGGGUCCUCUGCGUCCAUGGCCCAGCUGGGCAGUCAGCUCGGUGCCAUGCACAUUAACAGCUACGGUUCAGGGGCGGCUCCCCCCAGCCAGGGCCCGCCUGGCCCUGCAUCAGCAGCGUCAGUCCAGGGUCCUCCACAGCCUUCACAGCCGUCCAUCCUGCAGCCUGGAUCUCAGGUUCUCCCCCCGCCGCCCACUGCACUAAACGGUCCCGGGGCCUCACCCUUGCCUCCACCAACGCACAGACCAGAUGGGCUCCCUGGGCCUGCUCCUCCGAACGCCCAGUACCAGCCCGCGCCUCUCCCAGGACAGACCCUGGGCCCUGGAUAUCCGGCACAGCAGGCCAACUACGGGCCCCCGGUGGCAGGGGCCCAGCUCUCCUACCCGGGAGGCUUCCCGGGAGGGCCUGCACAGAUGGCCGGCCCGCCGCAGCCCCAGAAGAAGCUGGAUCCCGACUCCGUCCCCAGCCCCAUCCAGGUGAUCGAGAGUGACCGAGCCAGCAGAGUGGGACAAGCUUAUGCCACCAACGCCAGAGGCCAGAUCCCGCCCCUGGUCACGACAGACUGUGUCAUACAAGACCAAGGCAAUGCCAGCCCCCGGUACAUCCGCUGCACCACGUACUGCUUGCCCUGCACAUCAGAGAUGGCCAAGCAAGCUCAGAUCCCGUUGGCUGCCAUCAUCAUGCCCUUUGCCACGAUCCCUUCAAAUGAGACGCCCCUCUACCUGGUAAACCAUGGGGAGGCUGGACCAGUCCGAUGCAACAGGUGCAAAGCCUACAUGUGCCCGUUCAUGCAGUUCAUCGAAGGAGGGAGGAGGUACCAGUGUGGCUUCUGCAGCUGCGUGAAUGACGUUCCACCAUUCUAUUUCCAACAUCUGGACCACAUUGGAAGAAGACUGGACCACUAUGAGAAGCCAGAGUUAUCUCUAGGAUCGUAUGAAUAUGUUGCUACUUUGGAUUACUGCAGGAAGAAUAAGCCUCCCAACCCACCAGCCUUCAUCUUCAUGAUUGAUGUGUCGUACAGUAACAUCAAGAAUGGACUUGUGAAGCUCAUAUGUGAAGAACUGAAAACCGUGCUGGAGAGACUUCCAAAGGAAGAUCAAGAAGAAACUUCUGCAAUUCGAGUUGGUUUCAUCACAUAUAACAAAGUUCUGCAUUUCUUCAAUGUGAAGAGUAAUCUGGCCCAGCCUCAGAUGAUGGUCGUGACCGACGUCAGCGAGGUCUUUGUUCCUCUGUUGGAUGGUUUCCUUGUCAACUAUCAAGAAUCUCAGUCUGUGAUUCACAAGCAAAUUCCAGAGAUGUUUGCAGACUCUAAUGAGAAUGAGACCGUCUUUGCCCCUGUCAUCCAGGCUGGCAUGGAAGCCCUAAAGGCAGCAGACUGUCCUGGGAAGCUGUUCAUCUUCCAUUCCUCUUUGCCAACUGCAGAAGCACCAGGGAAACUCAAAAACAGAGAUGACAAAAAAAUGAUUAAUACGGACAAAGAAAAGAUCCUUUUCCAGCCUCAGGCCGGCGUCUACGACUCUCUGGCCAAAGACUGCGUGGCUCACGGCUGCUGCGUGACUCUCUUCCUCUUCCCCAGCCAGUACGUGGACGUGGCUUCCCUGGGGCUCGUGCCCCUGCUCACGGGGGGCACGCUCUACAAAUACAACGGCUUCCAGAUACACUUGGACAGCCAGCAGUUUUUGAAUGACCUCAGAAAUGAUAUUGAGAAGAAAAUAGGAUUUGAUGCUAUCAUGCGGGUUCGUACCAGCACAGGUUUCAGAGCCACUGACUUCUUUGGCGGCAUUUAUAUGAACAACACCACCGACGUAGAGAUGGCAGCCAUCGACUGUGACAAAGCCGUGACCGUGGAGUUCAAGCAUGAUGACAAGCUCAGUGAAGACACCGGGGCCUUGAUUCAGUGCGCCGUGCUCUACACAACCGUCAGCGGUCAGAGACGACUUCGGAUUCACAACCUGGCCUUGAACUGCAGCUCCCAGCUGGCGGAUCUCUAUAAGAGCUGCGAGACAGAUGCCCUCGUCAACUUUUUCGCCAAGUCAGCUUUUAAAGCAGUUCUACACCAACCCUUGAAGGUCAUUCGGGAAAUUCUGGUUAACCAGACUGCCCACAUGUUGGCCUGUUACCGGAAGAACUGUGCUAGUCCGUCUGCAGCCAGCCAGCUGAUCUUACCGGAUUCCAUGAAAGUCCUGCCGGUGUACAUGAACAGCCUGUUGAAGAACUGCGUGCUGCUCGGCAGACCCGAGAUCUCCACGGACGAGCGGGCCUACCAGAGGCAGCUGGUCAUGACCAUGGGCGUGGCUGACUCGCAGCUCUUCUUUUACCCACAGCUUCUGCCCAUACACACCCUGGAUGUCAAGAGCACAACAUUACCUGCUGCUAUUCGCUGCUCUGAGACCCGUCUUUCAGAAGAAGGAAUAUUCCUCUUGGCGAACGGUCUAAACAUGUUCUUAUGGUUGGGAGUAAGUAGCCCACCAGAACUGAUUCAAGGAAUCUUUAACGUGCCAUCUCUUGCACAUGUCAGCACAGAUAUGACAUUAUUGCCUGAGGUGGGAAAUCCAUACUCGCAAACACUCAGAAUGAUAAUGGGUAUUAUCCAACAAAAGCGGCCAUAUUCAAUGAAGCUGACGAUAGUAAAGCAGCGAGAACAGCCAGAAAUGGUUUUCCGACAGUUCCUGGUAGAAGACAAAGGACUUUAUGGAGGAUCAUCCUACGUGGAUUUCCUUUGUUGUGUUCACAAGGAGAUCUGUCAGCUCCUUAAUUAA